CCCUGCACGAGACGAGCGCAUCGAUGCCGCGUUCACAUCUAGCCUGACACACACCGGAGCUGCCUGCUGGAACAGCUCAACACCACUGUGCUUGAUCAAUGUUAAUUCAUAUGUAAUAUAUUUAAACAGCUUUAAAUGGCGGGAGGAGAACUGUGACUCCGUGCUCGGUAGGUCUGCUCUCUGGUGCGUAAUUGAUUCGAGUGGAGAAUCCUGAAUUGCAGCACUAAUUUUGGCACAGGCAGAAUCUUCCAGAGGCAGGGAGGGAAGGCUGCUGGGUUUAGAACUUCCUACCUUUGUUGCUUCAGCACGUCCUGCACAGCAGCCAGGCAGUGCACCCCCCCCCCUCAUACUGCAGGAAACUUAAAAGAUAAACAAUAAUGGAAGACAAGCGCAAGAAGCGGAGCCCAAAGGUGUCUCUUCCCCAGCCCCCUCCUCCCCCCAUCAACCCUCGCAAACUCCCCGUCCUGCCUGCAAGCAAAAGUGCCACCUUCUCCCUCGGCCUGCCGCAGCCCCCCUCCCCCAAGAACAGAGGCAAGUACAAGAGAUCCAUAGGAGCGCCAGGACAGCCCAAGGAGGUGUUCACAGUCGUCGUAGCCCCACCAAAGAUCACCAGGCCCCACAAGGAGAAGCCAAGGGCCCCCCAGCCUGCAGGGCCCAGUAAAGUAGUCCAGUCCUCCCCCCUGCAGCACUCCUUUCUCACAGAUGUCUCAGAUGUGAGAGAGAUGGAGGGAGGCCUCCUCAAUCUCCUCAAUGACUUCCACUCAGGCAAACUACAGGCUUUCGGCAAGGUGUGCUCUUUUGAGCAGCUGGAGCAUGUGCGUGAGAUGCAGGAGAAGCUGGCCCGACUUCACUUCAGCCUGGACAGCCACGUGGAGGAGCUUUCAGAGGACCAGAGGAAGUGUGCCUCCGACCACAACCUGGAGCACCUGCUCUGUAACCUGGAGGAGCUCAGCACCUCAAUACAAAAGCUCCACCUGGCUGAGAACCAGGAUCUGCCCAAGACAUCUGGUCCCUGACAAAGUGAGGUGCGGAGGAUGGCGACCACACACUCAUCUUCUCCCAACAUCUAGCUAGCCCAUGUUGCCAUGGCAUUGAUCCAGCUGCCUUAGUAACGGAACGGAAAGAUCGACAGGAGAAGGAGGCGAUAUGUUAUUUGGUCGGUGAAGCAGAGGGAACGAUAUAAGGACUCAAAGCAGCAGAGCAUUAUUCAAACACUCAACCAAAACCAUAAACCCUCAUUCAUGGCACAAUAAAUGGCCGGAUGUUUUUACUGAACAGUUGUUAGAUAAAAAAUGUUUUCAGCGUGUUCUUGGCAUCAACUAACUUGGCUCCAGGUACAUCAUUUGGGAACAAAUCAAAGAAAAGUUCAUAAAAAGCACACUUCAUGAUAGUUUAGGAAGUUGUGCUGAUGUCAUCGUAUGCCUUGUUUUUCCGCAUAAUUGUAUAAGUAUGCAUCUCUGUUAGCGAAGCCAUACUUGAGUAGCAAACAUAUUUAGUCACAUGUCGACAACACCACUGUGGUUAGCUUAGAACUUUAAAAGGGAGUUUGCUGUUAUUCUGAAUAUACUCCCUCAUUUGUAGGGCUUUGCUUUUAAUACUGGACCAACUGGAGGUGUGACUUUGAUACAUCACAUUUUAAAAAGGGACUUUGUGAGAGGAUACAAAAUGUAUGUUUGAUAAACUUUCAUGUGAAAUUGUUGAUUUGUUUUGCAUAAUGACUAGCUACUGUAAAUGUUGACACUGAUUGGUAAGAAUAAGUGAGCUGGAGGAUUUAUCAGGGUUGCCUUCUGGCUUUGUUUUUCUGAAUGAGCUAGUCGACUCUGCUACUGAAGGGCAUACAUCUAUGUACAGUCCAAUUAAAUGGCAGCUACUUUUAUAGUUCAAGGUUUAGAUUUGCAGCUUAUUUAAUUCAAACAUUUGGCAGCAAUGUACUUCGUCCAUAAUAUUUAAACCCUGACAAGCUAAUUAAAGUGAUCAAUCUUAAACCACAGAGCAUCUCAAAGCAGUGGUGGAUUUGGUUAUAGAAAAUGUGCCUAUACUGCUUUUUAGGCCCUCGUUUUUUCUAAUGCCUAUGCCUGGAUAACCUCUAGAGACUAUACAUUUCUUUACAUUAAGAGGGACGCAUCACUAUUAGCUCUACAUGUGAAUUUGGCAAAACAAGACUUCUGAAGAAUCUCCUUUGUAUUCAGUAACUUCCCAUUAAUAAAAGGCAUUUAACUUAAAAA